AUGACUGGUGGUGCAGUUUCGCCGCCGCCUCCUCCUCCGGGUCCUCGUUAUGAACCGUUAUCUGCCUACUAUCUCCAUCCGAGUGAAGGAGAUAACUACGAGGAGUGGUCUCGUUCUUUACGCAAUAACCUUCGUGCGAAGAACAAACUUGGUUUUAUUGAUGCUACUAUUACCGUGUCGGAUGCUAAGUCUCCUGAUUUCGAUCAAUGGGGGAUUGUUAAUUCAAUGCUUGUUGCUUGGAUUGUUAAUACUUUGGAUGUCUCUGUUCGAUCCACUGUUCGUUUCCCAGACCAUGUCAAGUCGUCUUUGUGGGAUGAUCUACGUGAUAGAUAUUCCCUUGGCAAUGGCCCUCGUAUUCUUGAGUUAAAAAGCUCAAAUUGUGGAUUGCAAGCAGCGUGGUAG